AUGGCCUGGCCUAGCAUCGUUGCUUUCGGCGAAGAUGAUUCUUCCUGGUGUCUCAAGCUCGACGAUCCAAUUGGGCGGUGGGCCAGCGCUUUCAGCGGUUCUAUUCCAGAAGAGCUGCAGAAGGUGCUCAAAGAGCCACCGGGCUGGAUUCACCAAGUCGCUUUGGGUCCGAAUGGGGAGUGGUUCCUCAGUUUCGCCGACGCAGACCGGUCGACCUUUUUCGGCAACACGUCCGAUUUAUUUGCUGCAGCGCUGCAGGCAGCACUAGACGCGGAGGGGAAGAUGCAGAUCUCAUGGGUUGCCUUCGGCCCGGGGCAUUCGUUUUUCGUUCAGCCAAUCAAGGGCCAGCCGAUGUGGCACGGCCUUCCGCAGAAAUUAGAGGAGCUGGUGGCGAAGUAUCCUUGGGACGUAAAGCAUCUGGCGCUGGGUCGCCCGAGUGGUUGGUGGAUCCUUUUCCACAGUGGUGCUUGGCAGUGGGACUUGCCAAAAAGACAUGAGCUUUCACGCUGGUUGAAGAGCUCAGAAGCUUACUACACGCUGAACCAGGUCUACUUCGGAAACAACGGCGAUUACUUCAUGGAAACAAGGAAUGGUGCCUAUUGGAAUGCCAAAGGUACCAUCAGCGAUACCUUGGCGUAUUACUGCAAGACGAGCUCGCGACAGAAAAAGGUCAGGUCAGCUCUUGCUGGCAGCUGGGCACUGCCUUGCACACAUGCAGAGCUCAUGACCAUCUUUACGAAGGUGUUUGGGGAGCACUACGAGGAUUGCUACUUCGAGCAAAUCUUGACAACGAUCAAGAGCAAGCUGCUUUUUGAUCCACAGUUCACUCGUGUGUACUCUUUCAGUCCUGCCUGCUAUGGUCAGCGAGGAGGACAUCCGUAUUUCAAGCCCUGCGGAUGGCGCAGGUGCUCCCUUGCAAUCGACAAUUUUGAAGAGUAUUCGGAUUGGUGCAUCGCAUAUCAUGGGACCAGUUGCCGGAACGUCGCAUCCAUCAUGCUCCGGGGACUUAGAAGGCCAGGUGAAGAAGGCGUUCAUGUUGCACACGGCCAGGCUUACAGCACUAGCGGCUGCACUAUUUAUGUCAGCCCAUCUAUUGAGUACGCUGCUUUUCCAGUCUAUGCAGAAUUUUUCCAUAUUCGUCAGCAUCAUUGGGCGCAGCUUGUUCUUGAGUGUCGCGUGCGUCCGAGCUCCUUUACAGUAAAGCCUGGAUCCUUGGGAGGCAAGUACUGGCCACCCCAUCUUCGCAUGGACCAAAACUUCGAAACGAAUUCUGAGCUAGAGUGGCUCGUUGACAGCCCGGAGGAUGUCGUGUUCACCGGGCUCAUGAUCCGUGAAUUCGGAGAAGGCGCGAACGAAGAGAUCUAUGGAAGCUUGGUGCGCCAAGUUACUUGGGGCAGCCAUGGGCCACAUUUUGAGUGGACGAAGGUCCGAGCAGCAGAGUACGAGCGACUGCAGCAUUGUGUGGGCCUGACGCUGGCGCUGUCCAGGCGAGCAGGGGCGCCACGGCCGCGGCCGGGCAUCAAGGCUACUGCUCAGGUGGCUGAGAAACUGAAGCAGGCUCUCGUGGUGCCAGUCGUCGCGAUGCAGGACGCCUCUGGCGCUCCAGCGCUAGCUGCCGCUCUCAUCGAGGGUGGGCUGACAGCCAUAGAGGUGGUCUUCCGGACGGCUGCUGCGGAGGAGGCGCUGAGGAGGAUGGCAGCAGCGGAGCCCACUGCCUUGGUCGGUGCCGGGACGGUCCUUUCCGUGGACCAGGCGAAAAGAGCGGUCAGUGCAGGUGCCCAGUUCAUCGUGUCUCCGGGACUGAACGCGGAGGUCGUGAACUGGUGCCUCGAAAUUGGCGUUGCUGUCAUUCCGGGCGUUGCAACUCCCACUGAGGUCGAGACAGCGCUGCGCCUGGGUCUCUCGGUGCUGAAGUUCUUUCCAGCAGAGGCCAAUGGAGGCGUGAAUGCCUUGAAGGCCAUCUCCGCCCCAUAUGGGCAGAUCACCUGGAUGCCCACAGGAGGCGUGUCGGAAGAGAACCUCGAGAAAUAUUUGAUGGUGCCGCAAGUGGCGUGCUGCGGUGGCUCCUGGAUGGUUCCACAGGAUGCCGUGGCCCAGGGCAACUGGCGGUACGUGAAGGAGCUGUCCCAGAGGGCGCGCCAGCUCGCACAGUCCAUCGCGCUGAAGAAGCGCGGCAAGACGAGGGCAGCAGAGAAGCAGAAAACCUUGCCCCUGCUCCCCCCCUUAGUGCAGCGCGUCGCGGUUCGAACCGCCGCCUCCGUGCCUUUCCAGCUGCCUAAGCUGCCUCGGACCUACUAUUGGGGCAACGAGGAGCCCAACACCGUUCAGGAGCGACGCCGCCAACUGCAGGAGUUCCUGCGGCAGCUCUUUUAUCAGCCAGAGAUUCUCUCCGAUGCGGAGGAGUCUUUGCUGCGGUUCCUUUGCAUGCCCAAGGCAGCCAAGGCCGCAAUCCGCUUCCUCGCGGCGCCUGAGAAAUCCAAGACGAAGUGGCUGCAGAGCCUCUACGAAACCACCUCCGAGCCAGAGGGCUUUCGCCCACUCCAGGAUCCCAAGGUGGAGUCGGUGCUCCUGGCCGUGCUGCAGGACACCGGCAUACAGAGGCCGAAGGAGACCAUCCUAGUGUCUGGAGCUUACACCGGCGGGAAACUCUAUUUUGUCGGGCUACAGGCAGCCCCGCGAGAGGUCCCGCCGGAGGAUGGGGGCGCGCAUGAUGCUGAUGACAACGGGGGCUUGCCGGCGGUGGAACAGGCCAUGGAGGAGGGAGACACGCGGCUCAUGGGGGCCAGAGUUGAUGAUGAAGUUCGAGAACCUGGCUAUGAUGCGGCAGAGCCGUUAGGGCAGCAGGGUGAGGCGCACGGAAGCCAGGGAAAUCACGGUGAGACCCAGGAGCCGUCACAGGUACCUGCGGUCUCAUCCUCUGAUCGGCAGCGACCUGUGCCUGCUGCUCUAACUGAGGGCGUGCGAGAAGCGGGAGAGACUGUGGCACCUCUUCAGAGUGAAGAACGAGCUGUCUCUGUGGAGCGACGAAGUGAAGAAGUGGGCCAAGUGGCGCGAAGCUUGGCCUUUAUGACCAAUCUGGUCACGACUUUGGUUGGCCGUAUGGAUCGUGUGGAACAGAAUCAGUCUCGAGGUGGAUCGAGCGCGUCGAUGAGGAGGACAACGGCAACGGAAGGGAGAAUGGAGACGCCCAUGGGAGGAACCCCCGAAGCUGGAAGUCUAGGAUAUGUGGACAUGGAGCGGCUGAACGCCCAGUUGGGGAUGAUGCAGCUGGCUGAGGGCGUCGCAGAGCCGUGGUACUCCUGGGGCGCUUUUGGGGCCUUUGGCUAUGCCUACGGGACCUUUGGUGCUGCAUGGGCACCCGGGGAUGAUUUCAGAGGUGUCAGCCUUGGCGCCGCCACCGGGAAUGCCGCAGGGAUCUUCACAAAUUAUGGUGCAGUUUCCGAGUACGACUCAGGGAUCUUCGCAAAGUGGUGUGCAGUUUCCGUGUAUGCAUCAGGGAUCCUCUCAGACAGCUAUGCCCCUUCCGUAUAUGCCUCAGGGAUCCUCUCAGACGGGUAUGCUUCCUCUGUAUAUGCCUCAGAGCUCUUCUCAGAUCAGUGCGCCGCUCCCGAGUAUGCCGCAGGGAUCUUCUCAGACCGCGGUGCAGUCUUUGCCUAUCCCUCAGGAAUCCUCGCAGGUGAGUAUGCAGCUUCCGACUAUGUCUCCGGAGGCUUUGACGUCGAGUGGGCCGCUGCCAAGUAUGCCUCAGGGAUCUCCUCCGACGGGAUUGCAGGGGUCAGGUUCGACGCAGCCUUUGACAAUGUCUCCGGAGGGCCCCGACUCAACCCAGCUAUGCCCAGGUCCUUCGUUUGGAUCGUCGGCGCGUCUCCAGGGGAUCUUCAGCUUUUGGCGAGGUUGUCUGCGCAGUUUGCGGAGUCGGGAUCUACAGUGGCUACUGCGGAAAGGAUGUUGCGGGAAAGUUCGAUGGCUUUGGAGGCGGGAAGGCUUUCGCAGACUGCGGUGGAGCAGGCUGUGAGGGAAGGAGGUGGGCCGCCAGUUUCGGCGGGAAUGACUUUGGAUGCUCCGGCUACAGGAUGGGUCCAUGUGAACGGGGCGUGGCUACCCUACUACAUGCUGCAAGGUCAGAUGGUGAUUCCUCAGGGAGCUGGAGGUCGAAGUGGCAAUGCGGGUAGUGGCGAGGGUGGAGUGAAUGGUUCGCUUCCAAAUGUCGGGAUCGGACCUUCGAUGUCGGCUCCGCCACCGCCUCCGCCUCCGCCCAGGUCUCCGUCUACUCCGGCUCGAAGGCCUCGUCAAGGGGAUAAUUCCACUCCUGGAGGCACUCCGGUUCCGCCUCCGCCUCCAACACCGGCGACUGUGGCGAGCCCUCCUGCGGUGUUUGCGGGGAGUUCGGAAGUGGAGGAGCCGAGCAAACUGGUGACGCGACUUCCGAUGUUGGCGGCGACUAAGGGCCAGGACGCUGCAGUGGUGGCUGGGGACUGGCUGGCGCAGCUGGAACCAAGCAUGUCGAGCCUGAGCAGUUCGGCGGCCUCGUGGUGGCAGGCCUUGAUGGAGAGGGUUAGAGUGCUCUACACGAGAUGGUUGGAGUCGACCCCCAUCCUGAGGCUCCAGAUCCGUCAGGAAGUGCUGGCGCAGAGACCACCCAUCGACAAGUACCAGAGAGUGGAGCAGCGAGCAUCUAUGUUGCUGCUGGACAGUUUGCCGGAGGACUUGCGGGCGGAAGUUGUGAGUGUGAGGGCGGUGACGGUGGAGGCGAUGAUUUUCUUGGUCCACUGCUCCUUCCAACCCGGCGGCUCGGCCGAGAAGGCGUACUUGCUCCAGUUCUUGACGGCGCCGGAGUCCGGAAACUCUGUGGACUCGGCCUUGUCCCUGGCCCGGAAGUGGGUGCGGCUUUUGAGGCGUGGCAAAGAGCUCCAGGUUGUGUUGCCAGACCCGAGUCUCCUUUGUCGUGGUUUGGACAAGCUUCAUGGGGGAGUUUUCGCGGGCAACAAACACCCUAGUGCGGCCUUUCGCAUAGCCAGCUUCAAAUUGGAACGUCAGUUGGACUACAAGGCGAUGGCUAAGGACGUUGAGGACUAUGCGCAGUUGAUCCUUGGGGACUCCCAGAAGUCACAGGCGGAAGCCCCGCCCGACAGCCAGGUCGAGGACCCAACGGCCGAAGGGAAGGUCGGCGAGCCGGACGAGACGGAGACAGCGAAGCCCAAAGCGAAGGCCAAAGGAAAGCCCAAAGCCCAGGCAAAAGAAAAGGCCAAAGGCAAGGGCGAACCCAAGGCCAAAGCCAAGGCCGAACCCAAGGCCAAAGGCAAGGCCGAACCCAAGACCAAAGCCAAGGGCAAAGCAAAGGCCAAAGCAACGGCGGUCGACACGGAGCAAGAAAAGGCUGCAGCAGCGGCAGAGCCGCCAGAGGAGACCGAGGUUCCAGAGGCCCCGACAGAGAAGAAACGGAAGGCCACGGAAAAGCCGGCUGAGGAGCCUGACAACAAGAAGCCCGAAAAGAAGAAGCCCAGCGAAGUGCUACGAGAGCGAGCCACGGCCCUCGUUGCGGAGCUUCCAGAGGACGUUCCGCCGGCCAAGGCUGCUGGUGAGGAGUUGCAGACCCGUGACAGGCGUAAGGCUUGGUUCUUCGAGAAGAGUUUGCCAACUUUGUCGUCGGAGCUGCAGAACUUCUUCCGGAGCAAAGACGCCGCGAAGACCAAGCUGAUCAACGACGUCGUCAAGCCCGGGGCGACGACCAAGUGGGAGAUCAACGAGAACCACCCCACAGUGCAGACCUUGACUUCUCACUACCGCUCCGUCUUGGGGAAGACGAAGCAGAAGUCUUACCCGAAGGCGAUUAUGGUGGGGAAGUGCGGAUCAGAAACGGCCUUUCUGAAAGCCCUCCGCGAGGGAGACGUCGUCGAGAUCACGGACAAGGGCCAGACCCAGUACAUGUACAGGCAGCUGGAGGUUCAGCACCGGACCGCCGUCGUCCAGAAGACCGGCCUGCAGCAGGCCGCCGCCUGUGACCAGGAGAGCAAGGACAAGUUGGAGGCCUUCUGCGACAACUUCGACCCAGAGUUUGAAGUGGUGCCGCCGAGCUCGAGCAGUGUCACCCCGGCGGCUUUCGCAGUGCCAGGAACCCCGCCGCCCCCUUUGGCCAUCCUUGACAGGCAGCCGGAGCCCGGCAUGCUUCCUGAGCUGGACAAGAAAUGCAUCGAGAAGAUCGAUCAGGCCUUGACUUGGCUGAUGCAGCUCAAGCAGGCGACAUAUCGGCUGAACAGCAGCACCUCGCAGACGUGGCAGAACCUGAAGCGCCAGUUGGACGAGAAGUGGGCUCAGCUGCUUCCCUUGCAGUCACAGCUUGAGACCUUCAAGCUUUCCAACAAGGGAAGCCUGGCUCAGCUGAAAUCUGUGCUGACGGGUGCAGCAACCAAGCUUCUGGAGACCCAGGAGCUGCUGAAAGGAGCCGGCAAGAAGCAAGCCUUUUCCUUUGAAGCUGCACUCCAUCCCCGUAGCCCUUUUCGGUUCAAGCCCCGGGGGAUGCGGGAUCAGCGGCCUCCGUGCAAGAGGCUGCUGGCGAGGACGGCUCCAUCUCCAGACCAGCUCCCCAAGAGGGAGGCUGCUGGCGAGGACAGCUCUCCAGACCAGCUCCCUGCGGGAGGCUGCUGGCGACGACGGCUCUCCAGACCAGCUUUCGGGGAGGCUGCUGGCGAAGGUACGAAAGGCCUUCUCCAGACCAGCUCCCUGGAAGGCUGCUGGCCGGCGGGUCCUUGGACACUGGUGGCUGCGAUGCCGGGGCCGCGGACCGAGGCUCGUAGCUCCUCUGGGGAGGAGUCCGAGAAGGACUGCCCGACCCGAGAAGAGGCGGAGGCUGCAAAGGCGGCUGCAAAAGCCUCGCCAGGGCCGCCGGAGAGGACGGAAAUAGCCGAAGGACUGCUGCAGAGCACGGCAGCAGAAGGGCCACCUGCCCCUGCGGAGGACGAAGAGGAAAAGCAAAAGAAGGAAAAGAGGAGGGCUGCCAGAAAGGAAAAAAAAAAGGCCGCCAAAGCUCGCGAGAAGGACUACGAGAAAAAAGUCAGAGACUUGAAGGACAGGGAGCAGGCUGUGAGGAAGAGGGAGCAGGAGCUCCGCGACCGUGCACGAACCCCAAGCCAGGAGAGCUCCAGCCGCCGCAGCGACAGCAGACGACGAUCUCGAGAUCCCCGCAAGCGGCCGGAGAGGCGAGCUGCUAGCCCCUCUCAGAGCAGCAGGGCCACUCCGAAGCCGGAGGUCCGCUUGACAGCCGCCGCCACCUGGUGCUGGUGCCCACGGGUUGGCGAACACAUGUGCCGCAAGUGGGUUCAGUCCCGAUGGGCCCUGGUUCAGCAUCUGAGAUCCAAGCACGGACUCUCAGAGGAAGCGUCCGUGCAAGAGGCUGAUGCGGCCUGGGAAAAGGAGCUCCAGCAAAUGGAGCGAUCCCGCUCUCCUCGCUCACCUCCAGAUCUGAGGAGGCCUGCUUCGCCAAAGGGGCUGCCACCACAGGAGCGGGCACGGCGGUCCCAGUCUGUGGAGUUCGUGGAGCCGCCCAAACCAAGCACGGCAGCUGCACCGAGCACGGCAGCUGCACCGAUGGCAGCUCAGGCCAAAGCCUCGGCACAGGGCUCGGCACUCGAGGUGCUGUCCGUCAUGUUCCGUGUGGCGGACCGGGUCUUGGAGAGGUGGCCUCCAGCCUCGGCCAUGCCCAUCAAGAGGCCGGCAGCAUCCGGCUCUGCAAAAACUCCAGCCUCGGCCGUGGCCAUGAAGAGGCCGGCGGCAUCCGAAUCUGAAAAGACGGCGAGCAAGAAGCCUGCGAAGGCUCCAGGCCCAGCGACUGCGAAGACAGCAGCCGAAGAGACACCGGAGAAGCGUGUCAAGUUUCGAAGGCUCGAAGCCAAAGAAAGCUUGUCACUGUCCCUGGAGUCGGAGAGACCAGCCGAGAAGACACCGGAAAAGUGGCAGGGGCUGCUAAGGCUCCGAGCGGACUUUUCGCCGGGGCUGAGAGUGGACUUCUCGCCGGCGGGCUCAGAUGCCACAACCAAGGAGGUCAGCGGUGAACGGCUGAGAAAAAGCAGCGGCACUGCCACACCCAGGGAUGCUGCUGCCAAGAAACCAUCCAGCCUGGCAGAGCACUUGUACAACCAGCAGUGUUGGGGUCAGCUGAGCUUGGCCCAAGUGAGGGACAUAGCGGUUCGGGCUUGCGACGACUUCGCAGCUGCCGGGGCCGCUCCGCCUCCAGACCUUCAGAUGCUGGGGCAGCUGGGGGAAAACAGAACAGAGACCCACAAUCUUUGGCGCGAUUUGCAGCGAAGGACGGUGAAACCCUUUCUUCAGCCUUGCUGGGAGAACAUCCCCCUGAGCAUGGGGGAGCGACAGCUGCCUUUCUUCAAGCCACAUUACAUCUUCGAGACCCUUAGAGAUCAGAGACCUCAAACCUUUGCGGCCUCUAUCUGUCCGGGAGAGGAGUCUGUGGCACGGUUUUGGCGGGAAUGCGGAGACCAUCCUGCCCUACGGCAGCACCCCGUCAGAGCCUUGCCUAACUUUGACAAGAGGGCAGUUCCCGUGGUCCUGCACGGCGACGGCGUGCCGAUCACGGCAAUAGGAGCUUCGCAGAAGAGCUGCUGCUUCAUCAGCUGGCGGUCUUUGCUCUGCCGCUGGACGGCGACCCGAAAGCAGCACUACCUGAUCUGUCCGGUGUGGUCUGAUCACCUGGCCAAGACGAGGCAACACAACACGGUCGAUGCCAUCUGGAAACAGAUCUGCGACUCCUUCGAUGGAAUGCUGGCAAGCGCUGCCAGACAUCGAAGCUACUUCGCAGUGCCUGUGUUCUGCACAGGCGACUUGGAGUGGUACAACCUCACCCACGGGUUACCAAGAUGGAACUCAUUGCGACCAUGCGGUUUGUGCAGCGUGCAGCGAAAGGAUAUGUUCCAAUUCCUUCGUGUCGACAACAUCGAGGAAGAUGCCUGGGUCAUCCCUCGGCAGCACUCGUGCCGACUGCUGAUCAGAACCCUGUCGCCCAAAUCGGUGGUGCCAGAUCUGAUGCAUACAAAACAUCUGGGUGUGGAUCAAAGGAUAUGUGGAUCCGUGAUUUGGCUUUUGGUCGCGGAGAUUCUACCGGGCAGCUUCGACGAUAAUAGGGCCUCUCUUCUGGCUCAGAUGAGAGCAUUCUGGUCCGGAACAUCCAUGCGGGGCAUUACGAACCUGACUCGCGGCAUGUUCCUUGGAGACAAGGAUGACCCCAUGUGCAAGAAAACGUUCCCCUGCCUCAAAGCCAAAGCAGCGGAGACCCAGGCUUGUGUGCAAGCCCUCGAAGCAAUCUGGACUGAGCAUAUGGAUGCCAGCAAGGAACUUCACGUCCUGGUGCAGCUGGUGCUUCAGUUCAGUGCUUUGAUCGAUCGCAAGCUACGUGAGGAAGCCGACAGCUGGCACCCAGGCCGCAAGACGUGCGAUGAGCUGGUGACUGCUGCAAUUAGCAUGCUACAGUGCAUGACCCGUCUCACCAAGGAGUACCUGAGGCAGCAGCGAUGCUUGUUCCAAUUAACGUUUAAGUCUCACUGGCUGGUCCAUGCUCUCCAGAUCGCAGCCUGGAUUUCACCAGUCCAUGUCUGGACAUACUCCGGCGAGGAUUAUAUGGGUCUGUGCCACGACAUUCUGCUUGCAGAGCGGGUCACUGUCUCCAAGCUGGAGACAGCGAUCGAGAAAGGUAUGGAAAACCUUCGGCAUCGAUCGUUGGAUCGAUGCCUCGCAGGCUUAGAUGAUAUGACAUGGAAGACUGCGUUGGCGACCCAUGUAGCACAGUUCUGCAGUCUAGAGCCCCUGCUGCAUCAGCUGUUGAAGGUGUGCCACAACGGUUUGCUGCCGAACUCGCUUCUGCUCAAGGCUUUGCAAGCGUGCCACAGCCGGAACAACUUCGAAGCAGUUCGACCAAGCCAUGCCCUAGGGGAACAAUGGUUGCAGAGUGCCCUGAGCUACUUCAUGCUCAGAUUGCGGAUGAUGACGGGGAAGCUGCGAGACCUUAUAGACAACGAGCAACUCAGGAAGAGCUUCUUCAGCAGAGCGAGCAAGCAUCAGCAGGAGUUGAUCUUGGGUCUGCUUCAGAUCAUUAAGCCCGAGCUGCAAGUGCAAGACUCGGAUGGUGCAGCCAAGCCGUGGACUGCAUGCGGGGCGAACGAGGACCCCCAGAUGCCGUCGGAGGAUGAGCGAGAGAUCGAGAAAAACUUUUUGGAGUUGCAGCGGCCCAGCAAAGCUGCUGACCACCUGGCUCUGGUCCCUGUGAAUGCACCCAGUGCUCCAAGUUCCAGCAGCACGCCUCUGGGGUCUGGGAGCUUCAUGCAGAAUGCAAGCAGACGGGCUUUGGAAGCUGCCUUUGCUACAAGCCCGGCCAAGCCCAUGUCAAAGGAGGAACGUCUUCAAGCCCUGCAGACCUCAACGGCUCCACUGAAAAGGCCCAGCAUGAAGCGUCCAGCUGCUGCCCUGGCUGCCGCACCUGCAGCCGAUGCCGAGCCUGCCGUCCCUGCUGCGGUGCCACGGGAAGGUGAGCCUGAGGACUUUUACAGGUGGGGCUGCUCCAAAUGCCGCAGUCUCGUGCACGGCUGCGGCCGCUGCAAAGAUUUCGCUGAUCGCGGUCACAAUCGUUAUGUCCGAACAGAGGGGGAGCUGGAAGCCGCGCUGCUCGCGCAGCCACUGCCCUCGCAGCCGAAGCUCAACCGGAUGGAGGAGACUGGGAAUGCCGAUGCGGGCAAAGGCAAGGCCAAGGGGGAAUGGCUCUUCAUCGACGGCUGCGGGAACGACGAGUUCUUCAACGGCGCCUUCUACAUCUCCGGCACCUCCGGCUGGAAAAGGGGACCAAGCGGUGGUGGAAAGGGCAACAAAGAUGCGAUCAGAAAGGCCGAGGAGGAUGGAGUCUCGACGGAGGGGGGAGCGACCAAUGCAGCUCCUCAGGCAUCGGCGACCUCGGCUGCUACGACGGCGGCCCCGUCGAGUGAUUCGGCAAGGGAGGAUUUCUUUGAGGAGGCGGCCAAGGCCCUGAAGUCUUUGAGGCUGGCCCGUGCUACGUUGGAUCGGGUGGCUAUGGUGGCGAAUGGGCCUCUCAGGGCACUUGUGGAUUCAGGUGCUACUACGUCAAUGAGAACGGCGAGGCAGCGCGAAACCCAGGGACUACCUACUCGAAAAGUGCUACUGGCUGAGGGUGAGGCGAACUUCUACCAACUUCCGGGCGGAACGCUGCUGACGGAAAGGAGGACCUCACCUAUCGUGGCGAUGAGCGACCUGAUGGAGAUCGGCUGCAGGGUGUCAUGGGACUCGGCCGAGGGCUGCUGCAUCACCCAUCCUGUUCGGGGAUCUCUGGGUGUCCAGGUUGUGAACGGCUGUCCAGAGGUGGAUGAGACUCUGGGAUUGGAGUUGAUUGAGGAGGCCGAGAUCAUCAAGAAUCGUCGUCGUGAGGCGGAGCUCAUGGUGAAUCGGCUGGUCUUGGAAUGCAGCCCGGAGCCAAAGCUGGACUGGGAUUUGGGAGCCAAGGCCGUGAAGGACUUGAAGAAUGGUGUUGGAAUUUCCUGGGCCUGGCUUCGUCGAGCGUUCCCUCAGGCUCCCGCGUGGCUGCUGUCGGCCAUUCCGGUGGUGGCCUCUAUGGAAGGCAGCAGGAUCCCUUGGAACCGCCGAGAGCGGAAGAAGUGGCGACAGGCCACUGCUGUGGCCGUGCAUCUGUUCUGCGGUAGAGACAGAGCGACCUGGAAAUCGUCAGCGGAGGCGGCUCACGUGGUGACUGUGGACCAGGCGGAGGAUGUCAUGGCGGAUGAUACCUACGCUGCCCUGCUGGAUUUGGCCCUUAGUGGAAAGGUGAAGAUGGUGUUUGGAGGACCGCCCCCGAGGACCUACUCGGCACUACGAUCCUCGUCUGCGGAAGGAGAGGGGGAACUGCGUCCUCUACGUUAUCGUGAUGGUGAUGGAAGGUGGGGUCGGGCAGACCUCAGUGAAUGGGAGGCAUGGCGAGUGAGACAAGACACCAUCAUGACCUUCAGGAUGAUCUUCUUGUGGAUGGUGGCCACUGCGGUGGCCCGUGGCAAUGGGUGUCAGGAUCCAGAUUUUCUGAUGGAGCAUCCGGAGGACCCCCAGGAGUUUCUGCCGAAGAAGGGUCUAGCGUCGUUGUGGGCUUUUCCUGAGGUUCAGUUCCUGAAGAAGGAGAUGAAGUGGUGGUGGUGGGCCUUUGAUCAAGGUCCUCUCGGGCAUCCUCGCAGGAAGCCUACCCGGGUGUUGUCCUCUCAGCCUUGUCCGAAGGCGCUGCAGGAUGUACGCGGGCCCUCAGUUGUUUCGGAGGAGGAACGAGAUGCGGAUGGUGAAGGCUUCCGAGCGGCUCGGUGGGCGGCGUGGAGUCCGGGCCUGAAGCGUGCUGUGCAGCGCGCUGUCGAGGAGAGUUUGGCGGGAGCGACCUUGGAGUCCAUCUGCAAGCUGGACGGCGCCUUUCUGGAGCACUUGCAGCGGGACCACACGCCGUUCAGGCGUGACUGUCGUGCCUGUCUAGCUGGACACUUUCGAGGGCAUGCCCAUCGCCGCAUUGUUGCUCCGGACGCCUGGACCCUCAGUCUGGACUUGAUCGGGCCAACUCGCCAGGGCUCGGAUGAGUACGUCCGCAAGAUCCGCUAUGGGCUUAUCGGCACCCUGGUUGUUCCGGAUACUUUGGGAAAGAUCCUUCAGCCUCCUGAUCCGGAUGGUGAUGAUGAGGGCAAGGGCGUGGGUCUAGUGGAGGAUCCGAUUUGUGAUGAAGACCACCCCGACCCUGCGGAAGCAGAGGCCUCCGGAGCGGAGGCGGAGCGCAGUGAUCGGGAGAUGGAGAGGUGGAAAGCCAGAGUUGAAAAGGACAAGCUUGAGAAUGUGACCUGUGUGGAAGUCCCCUUCUUUGUGCCUCUGGCCAGCAAAGGUGCUGCGGAGGUGCUAGCGGCCACCAAGGACGUGCUGGUGCAGGUGAAGAAGCUCGGGCUCUCUGUCCAGAGGAUUCACACGGACCGCGGCCGGGAGUUCAUCAACAAAGGCUUUCGAGCUCUAUGUCGGGAUCGCAAUUUGGUGCGGACUACGACGGUUGGAGAUGACUUCAAGGCCAAUGGUCGGGUGGAGGCUUUGGUUGGCAGGGCUAAGUGCGCGGUUCGGACCUACUUAGCCAGCUCCGGUUUAGGAGCAGAGAUGUGGGCUUUUGCGAUGCGGCACUACACCUCCCGGAUCCAGCAGCAGGUGGCCACUCAGCUUGGUGCUCGUCUACCCCGGUUACCACCGUUUGGAACGCGGGUCUUCGUCAAGAGGAGGUCCUGGAACCUUAAGAAGGAGGAGUUUUCGGAGAAGGUGGUGGCGGCGAGGGUUCUGUGUCCUUCGCUGGAUGUGGCGCGGGGUUUCCUGGUGAAGACCGAUGACGGCGCCUACGUGACUACCAUGGUGGCGGUCGAGAACGUGAAGGAGGUCUCGGGAGAGUUCGAGGUUGAUGCUCCGCCCUCUGCUACUGGAGAGCCCGGAGUUCGACGCAGGAUGCGAGAAAAGACCCCCGCGAUUGCAAAGCUACGCUGCAAUGAUCAAUGGGAGGAGCACCUCAUCCAGGACGAGGAGCUCGCGGAAACCUUCCUGGACACCAAGGACUUUUCGGCUGAUGCUAUGGACCAGCUACUGGACGGUCUUUGGCUAAGUGAAGAGACGGUACCCAACCGCCGAGGAGAAACCUUCAGCCGCAGCUCCCGGAUUACCUCCCAUGUGGCUGGCAUGUUUCGGCAUGGUGGAGUAGUUGGGGCGACCAAUCUGGUUCGGCAUCGGCCCGCGCAAGUGAAGUUCCUAGUGGAGUUUGUCAAGGCGCAGCUCCCUCCGGGAACUACCUUCACUUCCCUAGCAGUCAACUUCAACAUGCCAUCGCAAUGUCACAAGGACAGCAACAACAAGCCGGGGGAGAAAGCGUACUUGAUGGGCUUUGGCAACUAUGUGGGAGGUGGUUUGUGGUGCCAUGACGAGACUGCCGAGUCGGAUGUGCGCUGGAAAAAGGUGGACGCUUGCUGGCUACCGGGCAAGGUUCACCCAACCUACCAUCAGCUCGUCACCUUCGACCCCCGACGGCUUCAUCAACCUCAGUCUUGGGAAGGUAAUCGCUAUGUCAUCAGUGCGUAUACUGUGGGCUGUGACUGCAACUGCUCUUCAGCGGAUCGUGAUCUACUACAAGCUUUGGGUUUUCCACUACCACCGGCCAUGGUUCAGCCGCGGGCUGAAGGAGGAGGAGCUCGGUGUUGUUGUGGGGCGAUGAAAAGUUUGCGUCGUUCCAAGGGUGCCCUUCGGAAGUUUUGUGGUGCUUUUGACGGAGCUGGAAGAUGCAGUCCAGGUUCGGGGGAGGAUCAGUUUCUGGAACCCCAUCAAGUCGGUGGAGACAGUCAGGGUCUGGAGGAGGAUCAGAUAUUGGAACUCCCUCAAGUCGAUGGAGACAGUCAGGGUGCGGGGGAGGAUCAGAUGUUGGAACCUUCUCAAGUUGGCGGAGGCGGGCUAUGCGAGUCGGCCUGUCUGUGCAAAGGCUACGAGGUGGAUCCGUCGCUGUGUACCUGCCGGGUGUCUCAGGUGAAGUCGCGGUUGGAGCCCCAGGUGUUCUACAUUGGUGGAGAUGAUGAGGCGCUGGAGUCGGAAGAGGCUGUGCUUGGGAACCAGGAUGUGGGCGGCUUCGGUGACGGCGCAUGGUUGAAUGAGGCCUGGGGGGCCUAUGGUCCGCCCGAAGUUCCGAAGCUCAAGGCGAUCAAUGACCAGGACGAGGCCUCGUACAUGCUCCUUGGUUCUGAGGUUCCGUUGGAGGUGGGAUGGGAUCUUUUUGACACCUACCUUGACGAUCUCCGUCUUGCGCUGAUCCAGGAGGAGUACCUGGAUGGGGACGAGCUUCUACGAAAAGGCGGAGAAGGAGAAGACGGUGCUGGCUCACUGUCCAGGUGGGUUCAAGGUCGUGCCGAUUUGGAAGGCACCAUGGAGGAGUUUUCGUCUUUGGAAACGGAGCAGUCAGAGUGUGCAGUGAAGAAAGUCGAGGUGGCGGAGGAAAAAGAGCUGGAAAUGCCUUUGCACACGAAGACCAUUCCCAAUGACGUGGUCCGGAAGGAGAUCGGCAAGUGGGUUCCAAGCAUGGUUUCGGAGUACGAAUCUCUGGUCCGGGAGAAUGACGCGGUGGAGCCUUUCGAUGAGAAGCUCCUGGACCAGUGGCGCCGGGAAGGACGUGAGUUUGAUUUGGUUCCCGGGAAAACCGUGCACACCGUGAAGGCUUUCACGGGCCGUUUGAAGACGAGGGCGGUGAUUUGCGGCAACUUCCUGGGGCAGAACUUCUCGAAGGACCAGAAGUAUGCUGCUGGUGCAGAUGGAGUUUUGACCCGCAUCCUCUUCCGGAUGAUCGCUCUCGUGAUGUGGAGUGUCUGUGUCAUGGAUGUACGAACGGCCUUUUUACUAGCUCCUCUCCUGUUUCAAGAAGAUCGACCCACCUUGGUCCAGGUGCCGAAGAUGUUUCUUCUUGGAAACGUGUGCCAAGAGCGGAUUUGGAGGGUCAAACGGGCCUUGUAUGGUUUGGUUACUUCUCCGAGGUCAUGGGAGGUGUACCGCAACCGCACGCUGGCGGAGAUGAAAGGCACCGUCCCGGAAGGACCGGUCAAAUUGAUCCAGUCGGAGAUCGAUGGAAGCCUGUGGUAUAUUCAGGUUGGAGCUCGUCGUGCCGGGGCCCUCAUCUGCUAUGUGGACGACCUCCUGAUCGCGGGCGAGAAGAUCGUUGCUCAGGAGGUUGCGAGGAUGAUUGGAAGCACUUGGAAGUGCACUGAGCCCCAAUGGGAUGAUGUCACCUUCAACGGCUUUGAGAUCCAGAGCACAGAGGAUGGUCUGGUAUUGAGGCAGGACUCCUAUACGAAGGACCUUUUGGACCGCUACAAGGACCUGCCCGGCUAUGAGGAGGUGCCAGCCCCGAUGCAGCUCUGCACUGAAGACUUCGAGCUUAAGGACGGCGAGGUCGCGGCGGACUUCGUUCAUACGGCACAGGUGAUGGCGGGGGAACUACAAUGGUUGGCGGGACGAUGCCGGCCGGAAAUCCUCUAUGCGGUGAAUCUGUUAUCGCAGACCAUAAGCCGACGACCAAAAGAGGCGGUGUACCGCGGAGGCCACCUGAUCAAGUACCUCAAGCGCUUCCCCAAGGCUGGGCUUCUGUACACCCGACGGCCUCAAGUGACGCCAGAUGGUCAGGUGUCGGCGGCCAAUGCGGUCAUUGAAGGCUACUGUGACGCCAGCUUUGCCCCGAGUGCGGAGAGAAGCCAGCAAGCUGUGAUGGUCUUUGUGGCUGGCGGGCUCAUUGCCUGGUCCAGCCAUCGCCAGGCCUUUGUGACUAUGUCGACGGCGGAGAGCGAGUUGGUGGCCAUUUGCGAGCUAGCUACUUGUGUGAAGUCAGUAGAGCAUUUGGUUGCUGAGAUCAUGCUUGACUCGAGUGCCCGGAUCAAUGAGGUGAUCAAGGUGAUGUAUUCGGAUAGCCAGUCGGCCCUAGCGGUGUGCCGAUGUGCGGCAGGCUCGUGGAGGACAAGGCACUUGAGGAUCCGUGGCAACAUGAUCAGAGAGCUGCUUGAGCUCCCCAACUGGUGCGCCUACCAUGUCGACGGCAAGGUGAUGUUGGCGGACCUGGGAACGAAGGCCUUGGCUGCGGAUCGCUUCAACAUGCUUGUUGAUAGGAUGAGGGUGGUGCGCACACGCUCCACCGCUUCUACCAAGAGUUUGACCGCUGGCCAGGCAAAGAAGUUGAUGAUGGUGCUAUGCUUGGCUGCUAUGGUGGAGCAUGGAGAGGCUGCCGAGAUCGACCCCCGGGAGCCUUUCGACUACCGGUUCGUUGGGUUGUGCAUGCUGGCCGUGAUUGCGAUUUGGGAGUGCGUGAAGGGCGCGUUCAGCACGAUGCUUGGCUACUACCGAGGCGGCAUACGACGCCUGAGAAGCGAGGUCGACCCGAGACUGGAUUACCGCCGGAGCGGCCUGCGGAGAACACAGGAAGAGACCUCGCUGAGUAGGUCCUCGGAUCCUGAUUCAGGCACCGAGGAUCGACAGGAGGUAACCUCACCGGUGAUUUCCCAGGCUGCUGCUUCUUCUACCUUGCGGAAUCGCAGUCGGGUCACUGGGGAACGUCGUCCACCAACGCCUCCGAUUCCUACGGUGACCAUGCAAGCUCCAGAGCCUCGCAUCGUGACUAGGCCAGCCGAGACAGCAUACAGCUUUCCGGACCCCUCCGGAAAGCGCGAUCGCUGGGAAUGGGACGAAGCGAAUGGCGUAGUGAUUCGCUGGCACGCCGCCGCUCGGAUGCAGCUUUUCGUGCCAGGCCAGACCGCUGGAGGCCCUAUCCAAUCACAACUUACAGGAGAGAGGCAGACCUUUGCGAAGUUUGCCAAUGGAGAGACGCGUGUCGUGGCAGACAACUACAAGGAGUUGCACAAGCCUGCGCAAACACUAGCGGAUCGUGAGUGGAGGGGGCGCACGGAGCUGCGCCUAGUCCCAGCACAAGGACGAAUGAAUGUCAAGCCUUGA